ACAAUGGAGUAAAGUAGAAGAAAUAGUAUAAUAAAAUAAAAAAACACUUUUACCUGCUGCUCUGCUGAAGGUAAGAUGAGAUAAAAGGUUGCCCGCGUAAAGAAGUCAUUUUUCCCUCCAUAAUCCCUUCUUCCACUCUCCACUCACAACACUGCUGGAAUACAAGUCACUCACAAUCACAAUCACAGAACACUGCAAUACGCUUCAAGCUUCAAGCUUCAAGCUUAGGGUUUUCUGUUAUUACGAGUUCCUAUUCAACACACACAUCUUCAAAACUCUAGUCUGAACUUGGAGCCCGUCAGUGAAAUGGCGUCGCUGAGUUCUGAUAACACCAAAGGCGUCUUCAUCGACACCAACCUCGAUACGCACUUUGCAACCGACGUUUCUGUCCACGACACCGUCUGGGACCUCAAAAAGAGAAUCAAGUCAGAACACCCUUCACAGUUUCCCAAAUUUGGGCCCAUAAAUAUUCAUGCGAUUAAGGUUAAGCGCAAGGGGUGCUUUUAUCAACUAGUUGAUUCCAUGUGUGUGAGAGUUGCCUUUAAUGGUUCCAAGAAGAGCUGGUUCCUUAGUGUUGAGGCUUCCGCAUUGGGGGAGGGUGCAAAGAGUGACCAAUUGGUUCCUCAUGCUUCUCCUAACCAGGUGGCUAGCCUUGAUAAUUUGCAGUUGCUUCAGUUGGAGAACAAGCAGGGUGAGGGUCAAGGAAUUCAUAAUGUUAGCCCGUGUGUUUCAGAACAGACUGAUAGAGGAGCUGUUAAAAAUUUGAAGGCAAGUGUUAAAUUAGUUGGCAAUAAUGAAGAUGGGAUUCCAGUGCAUGGUUCCAUUCCGGAGGCAGAGGAACGUGACUUUGUAAAUCGUGAAGUUCUCCCAAGUUUACAUAUUCAAUGUGAAGUCGAUGGGUCCGUUACAAGCAUUAAGGAUGUUUGCGAUGUCCGAGAGGAUGAUCUGCCAAUAUCUGUGCCAAGUUCAAACAGAAAACGGAGGAGCAAAAUGAAAAGAAGACGGGCACAAAUCAAAGAGUUGAAAGCUCGGCAUCUGGAGAGACCAGGGAAAGGAAAAAGAACUAUUUGCAAUGAUAGUGGAGUUACUAUUGCGGCUGGGAAAUCUUGCAAAAAAAGAAGAACGGAUACCCUGAACACCAAAGAUGGUGCUCUCUCUUGCCUUUCUGGUGGUGUCACUAUUGACUAUCUUCCUGAUAAUAAUAGUUCUGGACCUGAUGCUGGCAUAUUUAAUAAAAAAAGAUCAACCACUGGUGGUUCAGAUGAGAAUGAGCUGAUCAAAUCUACAACUUUGUUUGUUGAAGAUACCCCACUUGUGCCACAGACUUCAAUAGAUAGAAGUUCUAGUGCUGAAAAGUCCAAAGAUUGUGAUCAGACCUCAAUGGGAGAAAUAUUAACCUACCCUUUGUGCAUGACAAAUUUUGUGAUGAUCCAGAAAAUUGAGCAUGCAGCCACCACUGAUCAAAAGUUAUGCUCCCUGACAAUCCCAUGUGACAAUUUGGCCUCAGGUACUUUGAUCCCUAUGGAUCAAGAGUUGCCAGGUAUCUAAUCCUAUAGUCAGAGAGCAUAGUGGAACCAAUCACCAUCAUCAUUGAAAUCAACUAAGAGAACCAGCAGAUUAAAUUUAGAUGGAUACUUAAUGUUCAGCUUUCUUUUGCUGCGGUUCUGGUGUCACCUGUGUUCUAUUAGUACAUACAUUAUCAUCUUGGAAGACAAUGGAUAUGUGAAGCAGUGUCCUUGGGAUGGCUAUGCAGGAAACUAUUUUUUUUGACUGGUUAAAUUAGUUUCCCAUUGACUUUAUUAUGGACACUGCUUAUGACUUGUUUUGAUUUCUUUGGCUCGGUUAACAGCCUUGUAGAGGCUAACUUGUGAAACAUCCUUGGAUAUGAACUGUACCAAACUUUGGAUUGAAGUGUUUUGUUAAUGAGCAAUUACUUAGCUGAUUA